AUGUCAGGAAACGGUAGUGGUGAUGGUGCUGGCGAACCUAGCGGCAGGCUGGCCGAGCUUUUGAAGCUUCUUAAGUUGAAUGGUAACGAUGUUACUAAAUUGACCCAAUCACAGCGUAAGGAGAUGAAAGACUAUAAGUUUUGGAAAACUCAACCUGUGGCAACAUUUGAUGAACCUAUCUCUGAAGAAGGUCCUAUCGAUAGAAAGAAGACUCCUGAAGAAAUCAGUGACGAGCCUUUCCCUUUAUUGGGAGAAUUCGAAUGGUGUACGCUGGAUGUCACCGAUAAAUCCCAAGUUGAGGACAUCUUUGUUCUUUUGAAUGAAAACUAUGUUGAGGAUCGUGAUGCAUCAUUCAGGUUCAAGUAUACCCGUGAAUUUUUCAACUGGUCAUUAAAACCACCUGGAUGGAAAAAAGAAUGGCACGUCGGUGUACGAGUUCGUUCUACCGGUAAGUUGGUAGCCUUCAUAUCUGCCAUUCCCGUGGAUUUAAAGGUAAGAGGUAAAUUGGUUAAAAGUGUGGAAAUUAAUUUCUUAUGUGUUCAUAAACAGUUGAGAGGUAAAAGAUUGGCACCAGUAUUGAUUAAAGAAGUUACCAGAAGGGUUAACAAAUGUGAUAUUUGGUUUGCACUUUACACUUCAGGUACCGUUCUACCAUCACCUGUGAGUGUAUGUCGUUACACUCAUAGACCAUUGAAUUGGGACAAGUUAUUAGAUGUUGGCUUCGUUCAACUACCACCGGGCGCAUCGAAACCACAAAUGGUAGCCAAUUACACUUUACCUAAGGGGCCAACCACAAGGGGUUUGAGACCAUUGAAACCAGAAGACGUUGAUCAAGCUCAUGCCCUUUUCGAAAAAUACCAAAAGAGAUUUGAUUUAGUGCAAGAUUUCAACAAAGAGGAAUUUAGUCAUUGGUUUUUAGGUGGUCCAGAACAAAUGUCUGCGACUCCUGACGGCAAGGUAAUCUAUUCAUAUGUCGUGGAGAACCAGGAAGGCAAAAUUACCGAUUUCUUUUCGUUUUACUCUCUACCAUUUACCAUUCUCGACAAUUCUGUUCAUAACGAAUUAGGAAUCGGUUAUUUGUUUUACUAUGCAUCUGAUGCAGAUUUGAAAUACAAUGAUAGAUUUGAUCCUGAGGCUACGAAGGCACUCAAGGAGCGCCUUUCUCAAUUGAUCAACGAUGCAUGUAUCUUGGCACGUAAUGCCAAGAUGGACGUUUUUAACGCUUUAACUUCACAAGAUAACACUCUUUUCUUGGAAAAGUUAAAAUUUGGACCGGGUGAUGGUUUCUUGAAUUUCUACUUAUUCAACUACAGGGCCUUCCCUAUUGCUGGCGGUAUUAAAGAUGAUAAAGACUAUGAUGUUGAAAAACGCAGUAAUGUAGGCGUAGUCAUGCUAUAA